GAAAGUUGUGCUGAUGGAUGACCUGGGCUGCCAUAACUUGAAGCAUUUACCGGUGGCUUAAACGCAGUGCCCUUGUGACUGUUGGUUGAAGCCUGUAAGCUGGCAUGGCGUCCAUCGCAGCUGGGCGUAGGUUGAUAGGCGGCCAAUCAGGUACGGCCAGGAUCGUCCACGCUCAGCCAAAGAUGAGGUAAUCCAAAUAAGCUUACGGAGUCACAAUCAGCGGCCAGAAAAUAGCUAUCUACCACCACCACAAUGUCUGUCCGCGCCCACGCGCUGUGGGAAUGAACUUCAAGGACGUCCUGGUGGCCAUGGACAUAGUGGAAGGGAUGAAGCCGUGCCUAGGUCUGGAGUGCGCCGGCGUUGUGAGCAGUGUCGGGGCAAAAGUGCAAGAGUUCACCGUGGGCGACCGCGUCAUCGCUGUCGAACACGGUUGCUUUUCCACAAGGCUCGUUAUCCCUGCCAGCCUCUUGGUGAAGAUUCCGGACAGCCUUAGCUUUGAAGACGCGUCAACCAUGCCGUGCGUCUAUGCGACGGCCGUCCAUGCGCUGGUCAACGUCGGUGGUUUGAGUAAAGGCCAAACAGUGUUGAUUUACUCGGCGUGCGGUGGCGUGGGCAUUGCGGCCAUUCAACUGUGCUAGAUGAUGGAGGCUGAGGUACAUCAAUCUUCAGCUUUGACUUACGAAUUUAUAGCUAACGGAUGCAGAUUUUCGCAACGGUCGUUAAUGCGGAGAAGACGUAAUAUCUGGUUGAGAAUUUUGGCUUGCCGCGAAGUCGCAUAUUCAACUCUCGAGACCCUUUAUUCUAUGCCGACUUAAUGGCUGCUACGGACGGCAGAGGGGCCGACCUGGUUCUAAACUCCCUCUCCGGUGAGCU